UCGUGGAACGACAUCAGCCAGCAGUUGGGCAAAGGAUCCGCUCAGUGAUAAGGAGAGAGGAGUGACCGCUCCUUUCUGAUUCCUAAAACAUUUCCACAAAUUUCCAUAUUGUCGUGUUUUUUUCUUCAGGCAAAUCCCACGUAGUUUCAGAAGGCAGCGCCGGAGUUCAUAAGUAGGAGAGCAAGCUGGAGGGCUUUUUUUUUUAAUGAAUAAUGGCUGGGAAAAGUCCCUUUGCUAGGAAGAGUUUGAAAAGUUUGUUUUCUAAAAGCGAGGCAAACCUGGCCAGCUCGGGGGAGAAGGACAGUGGUGGGAAAUCCUUCAAACUCUUCAAGUGGAAGAAGAAGAAAUACGCUUCACACGCAGACGAUGCUGACGAAGAAAAUGCGGGAGUUUCCAGCCCAGGAGAACCCGACACGAGCGAAGAUGUCCUCGACCGCCCCAACAUCCACCACGAUGCCGCUGCAUCUGUGUACAGCAUGGACCCCAGGUCAAAGAAGGAGUCGCUCAGCUCCUCAGAGACUGACCUGCGUAAGAAGAAGUUCCACACCUUCUCUUUUGGCUGGAAGAAGAAGAAGAAGAAGUCGCAGCUUUCUCCUGGGCUCUCCCAGAGUGUGGCGGAGCUGGACGCCUGCAAGCCGAGCUUUCAGGAGCGAGAGCGAGAGGAGUGUAGCGGGGAGCCAGGGGAUCAGAGCAAGCGUUUCAGAUUCUCUGCUUCUUCACCACCAGGAGAGCAGCUUCCGAAGCUCUCUUUGGAGGCCCAGGAAUGGUCUGAGAUAUUAGAAGAUCCUUUCAGCACUAGGUCCACUGAAGAUGGCUUCGCUGGGAUGUGGCACCCACAGCCAAGCUGCUUGUUCUCUGCAGAAUGUGACGAGCAAGAUGCUGUCUUCCCUGAUGCUGACCCCUCGGGCCAUGCUGACAAGCAUCCCAGCAGCAACGUUUGUCCCCAAGCAACAUUUGAGGCAGAUGUUGGCCGCCCAGUCAUUCCCACCCCUGACUCAGUUUUUUCUGUUAUUGCUCCAUCUGUCUAUGUCCUCUCUGAUCCUGAUCUAAACCCUGCUGCCAGUUACCCUUCACAUUCUCUCUGUGACGACACUAACUCUGUCCAGACUGACUUUUACCAUCCAACUCAUUUUGAAUCUCAACCUGUCCAGUCCCAAAUGGGCCUCUCUGCCUCUCUCUUUGACACACAGCCCUCCGUUUGUGAUAGAUACUCUUAUACCCAUAGUGAUACAGACUUUACUGAGCCUAACAACGACCGCCUACUUACUGAUACUAAUAAGUCCCUUUCAGAUGACACUGUCCCCACUUUGACUAAAAUUGAGAGUUCUCUGUAUAACAGAGACCCCACCAUAUCUGUCAUGGACUCUGCCCUCUGCAGUGACAUUGCCUCCUCAGUUUUAAGUUCCUCUUUCAGUAAUAUUGAAAACAGUUCCUCCCUCAUCAGAACUGAUCUCUUACAACCUUCUCAUAACAGCGUGUCCUCAGCUCUUGACAUUACUGCUUCCUUCUCUAAUGUAAGCUGCUUCCUCAGUAAUGCUGAUUCCGGCCUUACACACUCAGAUCACGCUGAAAUCACGGUCGACUCUACAAUAAAUCCAAAGGCUGGUUACUCACUAGAUACUUGUGACACUUUCCUAGAAACCGUUCCCACUGAGUCCCAUACAGAUACCUGGCUUACAGGCCUUUUUACCACCAAUGAUGAAUCUACCCCCAGAAAUGAUACUAACUCUGUAGGGACAAACCAUGAAGCUCCAGGCUUGUACCUUAGCAGUCGCUCUGAGCCGCCUGCGGACGCUGCCCCCCGCUUCCUGAGUGCCGAGUCGUCCGCUACACUGCUGCCUACUUCUGACAUCAGUGACCCUGUCACCCUAAAAAAAAACAUUCUCAGCACUUCUGACUUUCAUUCUCUUUCUCAGUGUGUUGCUCUAUCCACUCUUACAAGCAUCUAUCACUACAAGCCAGGACUUGACCAAGAAAUGGGGGAAACAGGAGAGAGCCAGGGCACCAGAGUCAAAAUAGAGGAGGUUGUGGUGAGCAUGGAACAGAAGGAGAAAGAGCCAUGGAGGGAGGGGCAGGAGGUGAGGAUGAAUGACCUGGAGCCUGAGGUGAAGAUGGAGGAUCAAGGGCAAUGGAGGAACCACCAAGAAGUAGAAUUACGGAUCGGGGGCAUUUGGGCUGAAGGUAUUGCUGGGGCCAAGGAGAUGGAAGGGGGAAUGGAGAACCAGGAGGUGAGGAUGGAGGACAAUGACUUAGGAGCUAGGUGUCAGGAACAGGAUGCCAAGCCAAGAAUGUUGGACCAUGGAACAGGGACCAAGAUGGAAGUCCUAGGGGCUAUGAUGGGAAGAGAAGGUGCAGCAGAGCCCAUGAGCUCAGGUCAUCAGGAGAUGGAGGCUAUCAUGAGGGAACAAAAGGGAGAACUGGGAAAGGGUGACAAGCAGCUUACGUUUCAGAUAGCUGGUCAGGAGCAACAACUGAUACUGGCCGGUGACGUCAAGGAAGCAUGGAAACCUGACCGGACUGAUGACUCACACGGUACUUGGAAGGUCACGAAAGUGGCUGGGAUCGUUUCUGCUGUUUUCCCAGGAUCAGAGGAACUAUGUGAGGAAGAUCAAAAGAAGGAAGAUUCCUCUAUCCAUAUGUGUGAUGAAAAUCUAGAAGGAGGGAAGGAAGAAAUGGAAAGGGGCUAUGGACGAGGGGAGUGGGUUGGAGAGAAGAAGCACAGAGAGAUGGAAGAGAAUGUAGAGCAGAAAGGACCUCAGUGGGGCUUUGGAGAAUCAAAGCAGCAACGUUUCAUUAGCAUCGGUGGGGAGGGUCUUCAGUGGCCUUUUCAAUCGGUGCUGAAACCAGACGUACCUGUCUGUCAGGUGCAGGCAUCUGAGGAAUGCCUGGCUGCUACGCCUACUCAGGGGCACGAGGAGAAGGGGGCAGGGCUGGGGACGUCUGCUCCGGCCCUUCUGGAGACAGAAAAGCAACCUGGAGACCAAACAGAAUCUCAGUGCCGGAAUCCCCGGAGCGGAGAGACAGACGACAGCACAGGAGCGGCUGCAGGCGCUGAGAGGACACUGACUGUCGCCUGGAGAGAGGCCAACACACUCAUUCUUCAGGACAGCGUGGCGAGACCAGAAACAGCCGGUGACAGCGAGGAAGGAAGAGAAGCAGUCACUUACAGUGAGGCCCGGAGACGAGCGGGCAGCACAGAGAGAGCCGACGGCCUGUCCAAGGACCCCGAAGGUGUCUCUAUCGGCCUCGCUGCCGUGCAGAGGGCCGACACAGAAGCGCUCCCAGGAGCCUCAGCGGCAUCACAGGCGCCCGAGACCACGCAUGCGGCUUUUCACACAGAGCGCCUGGAACGGAGCGGGGAAAAACGUGGGUCUUCUUCCCAUGAGCAGUCCCUGGUUAUUGUAGGUUUCCAUUCGGCUGCCCCACAGCAACCUGUUUCUGAAAGUGCUGGGCCCCAAACAUUCCCUGGGUGGGACGGCGCCAUGAACUCAGGUGUGACGAUUCUGAGCACCACCCUCAGCAUGAGGCCUGCUCCGGCACAACAUGCCCAGGGAGAGUGGAAGCAGCGCUUCCACAAGGUAUCACUGGUGGAUGCAAGUGAGCGGCUAGACCCCAGCCAGGAGCUAGAUGGUACGGACAGGCUACAGACUGCUCCUAGCCUCAGCUCUGCCUACCAGCGAGACCCAGACCACCUUCAGCGAGACUCAGACUACAAGGAGGACCGCCUUCAGCGAGACUCAGACUACAAGGAGGCCCACCUUCAGCGAGACUCAGACUACAAGGAGGCCCGCCUUCAGCGAGACUCAGACUACAAGGAGGCCCGCCUUCAGCGAGACUCAGACUACAAGGAGGCCCACCUUCAGCAAGACUCAGACUACAAGGAGGCCCGCCUUCAGCGAGACUCAGACUACAAGGAGGCCCGCCUUCAGCCAAAACCAGACCAAAAGGAGACUCGCCUGCAGGUUCACUAUGUGGAGGAGACUUUUGUUUCUGAUCCAGAUGCACCUGAAUCCAGUAUCUCCUCCAUGCCAUUCUCUCUGUCGCGCUACAGUCCGGUGGAGUCUCUCUCUCACCGUAUGUUUCAGGAAUCACCCAUGACCAUAGACUCUGGGGAAACACCUAGUUUCCUUGGAAACAGCAUUUGGCUGAGCGAAGUUCAGCGAGAUAGGCGGGACUGGGUGGAGCCGACAGCGCUUGUAGGUGACGCGGUGAGAGAGCAGAGCAUAAAUACUGGCCUUGACACGCAGGUGUACUCAGAUGACGACCAUACCUUGCCAAGAGAAGAGGACCUGUUCUCUGGAGUCUUCCGGGCCAUGCGUGUGGAGCUCCCUCCCUCCCCAACCAACCCCACCGUGCCGGACUCAGACGUCCCCAACGACAUGCACGCUCAGGUAGAUACCCUCAAGAGCCUGGAUUGUCCUCCCAGGCACAGAGCCCCCCGACCACUGCCACUGGCUGCCUUCAGCUCACUUCCGCCCAUCCGGGAGGACACGCACUCUCCAGACCACAAGCCAGAGCUGGAAAUGCUCUACAGUAGCCUGAAUCCAACUCCAGACAGCGGCCUGAGCAGGAGCUCGCCUGUGGAGCGGUACACCCCACUGGAGAUGAUGAAUAGGAAGCCAGAGGUGGAAAUGCUCUACAGAAGCUUGAGUCCACCUCCAGACAGCGGCCUGAGCAGGAGCUCGCCUGCAGAGCGGUACACCCCACUGGAGAUGAUGAAUCGGAAGCCAGAGGUGUCACCUCCUGGGCAACGCAGUCGCUCGCUGUCCUUGCCUUUCCUGGAAACCCUACAGAGUUCCCGUCAGACCCAGAUGAAUGGAGUCUCCAUGGCUGGUUCUUCACGCCUGGACGGCAGCCUGCUUUUCUCAAGCUACCUGGCCGAUCGGUCAACGGAGAACGGGCCGGCCUCAACGCAUCGCUCUUUGCUCCGUACGGCCUCCAUGCCUGAAGGUGCCACCACCACACGUGACCCGGUCAUCUCUGGCCACUUGUCCUUUCUAAUGACACCUCCCAGCUCGCUCUUAGGACCUGAGUAUGGCAGCACGACACUAAUGAUGGGCCUUCCUGCGACUAGCCCUGGUGAGCUCACCCACACGCCCAGCAGUCCUCUGGACCUUUUCCCUCGGGCUAACCCACCACCCAGCCAGCUAAACGUGCAGCGCACCCUCAGCAGUAACGGAUCUAUUCUGUCAUCCAACGAACCCCAGCACGUGUCUCCCGUCAGUUCCACCACAGAGCCAGACAAGAAUGUGGUGCUGAAGUACAGGGCCUUCCCUGAUGCUUAUCUCACCAAAGCAAAGGAACAUGGCAAACUCAACCCAAGGCCUGGAAAGAUGCUCAUCUACAAUCAGCCUGGUUUCUGCGGGAACGCAAUCGAGGUGCGUGCCGACAUCAUCGACUGCACACCUUGGCAGCUUCCGGAAAGCAUCUCCAUUCAGGUGGUCAGGGGAGGCUGGGUUUUGUAUGAAAAGCCCAAUUUUAUGGGCGAGAAGAUCGCUCUAGAGGAGGGUGACAUCGAGCUGACUUGUCCCUUUGGCAAGAGUGCGGAGGGACAGGAAAAAAGACAGGAAAAUGGAGAGAGGAAUGGGGAGAAAAGUGGAGAGAAAAACGGAGAGGAAAAUGGACAGGAAAAUGGAGAGGAGGCUGGAGACAAGGGCGAGCAGAUCGAAAACGCUCCAGCGGAAAAGGCGUUUAUUGUCGGCUCCCUGCGCCGGGCAGUCCGGGACUACAGUGUUCCCGAGAUCUGCCUGUACCCCGAGGAGAACGCAGAGGGCAAGAAGGUCAUCUUCAGGGACACGUCACCUGAUGCCCGUAUUUUCGGCUGCCCGAUCAAAGCGAGCUCUAUCAUCAUCAAUGCUGGACUGUGGCUGGUGUACCCCAAGCCCUUCUUUACGGGAAUCCCUCGGGUGCUGGAGGUGGGGGGGUACCCUGACCCUACAGCAUGGGGAGUCAAAGAGCCCUACGUGAGCUCCUUGCAACCGCUCAAAAUCGGAGAGCCCAGAGUAGAGUUUCCCAAUGAUCCAAAGCUGGUGAUCUACGAGAAGCCGUACUUCACAGGGAAAUCUCGUGAGAUCUACACCAAUAUGCGCGACUUCAUCACUCGAGUAGACGUGAAUCAGAACACCUUCAUGUACAACGUUGGCUCUGUGAAAGUGCUGGGCGGUUGUUGGGUGGCCUAUGAAAAGGAAGGCUUCCGUGGCCACCAGUAUUUCCUGGAGGAGGGAGAGUACCACGACUGGAGGGUCUGGGGCGGCUGCGAUGCAGAGCUGCGCUCUGUGCGCCUCAUCAGGGCUGAUCUCUCCGAGCCCAUGCUCGAGCUGCUGGCACUGCCUGUGGAAGAUCAGCUGGCGACGGAGGGGGAUCAAACUCUGGAGGUGGUGGAGGCCAUCCCCGAUGUGGAGCUCGUCGGAUUCCGGACCUCGACCAAGUCCAUCGACGUGCUGAGCGGGGCGUGGAUUGCCUACUCCCACGUGGAUUUCUCUGGGCACCAGUACAUCCUGGAGAAGGGCUUCUACAGCUGCUGCUCAGACUGGGGCUCUGAGGACAAUCGCAUCUGCUCUUUGCAGCCCAUUCUGCAGGUGCCGAAUGGAAAAGUGAGCUUCAAGAAUGAGGUGAUGCUCUACUCAGAGCCCAACUUCCAGGGGACCUGCCGCAUCUGCAUGCAAAACCUAGAGGUCCUCCCAGAAACCAUCAAGAUAAUGUCCUGCAGAGUCCAGGGAGGCAGCUGGGCAUUUUACGAGGACCAUAAGUACUUGGGAAACACGUAUGUGCUGUCAGAGGGGGAUUAUCCAAAUCUCACAAGCAUGGGCUGCCCCCCCAAAUGCUCCCUAGGCUCAUUGAAGUCCAUCCCAAUGAUAUUCACAGUCCCCUCCAUCUCCUUCUUUGGCAUGGAGUCUUUCGCGGGGCGGGAGUUUACCAUAGAGACCGAGGUGUUGAAUCUGCUGGGUGAAGGCGUCAACAACCACACUUUGUCUGUUAAGGUCAACCGUGGCUGCUGGGUGCUGUGCGAGUACAGUAAUUACAGGGGGCGCCAGGUCUUCCUGGAAACUACGGAAAUUCCCAACUGGCCCAAAUUCAGCAACCUCCCAACCAUUGGCUCACUAUACCCAGUUAGACAGAAACGCUGCUGCUUCCGCAUCAGGAACAAGGAGCGAGGUCAUUACCUGUCUGUCCAGGGCAACGUUGAGGAGAAUAAGUCAGGUCGGGUCGUGGUGACGGAGGAGGUCGAGGGCUUCAGUGACAUUUGGUUCUACCAAGAUGGGAUGCUAAAGAACAAGAUAGCCCCCUCCAUGAGCCUGCAGGUGAUGGGCAACAUGGAGGCUGGAGCGAGGGUGAUGCUGUGGGCAAUGACCCGCAUGCCCAUCCAGACCUGGUCUGCCUGCAUGGCAGGACCCAUCGCCAGCCUGACCUUCCCAGACUUGCUGCUGGACGUCAAGGGGGGAAAGACCUAUGACCGGGACCACGUGGUCGUUCUGGAACCGGGUGAAGACAGAACCAGUCAGCAGUGGGAGCUGGAGCUGCUGUAACCAGUGCAGGGUGACGCUUUGGACACAGGCCUCGGGGUCUUGGUGCUUCGCUGUGGUGGGGAAUCACACAGACCGCCUGCUAUGCCCACCUACACAUGGACGAAACAUGCGCUGUGUUCAUUGGCAGAGCGGAGCGUGGCGGUCGGCAUGACUACAGGCGGCGUCUGUGAUUGGUUCCAAAAGCUCUGCUGAUGCUGGACGCAGGAUUGGUUUCUUUCUUCGUGGACACAUGUAUUAAAAUAUUGCUCUGUACAGUGUAUAUAUAGGUUGGGCAUGUGAGCAGUAAUUCAUCCUCAUUUAAGAAAAGCUUAAUAUAAUAUCAUUUCUCUAUGGGUUGACAAGGUUGUUUAUUCCGUAUUGUAUUAUGUACUGAAAGUCACUGCCAUUGUUUACAAUGUAUUCGCAGAAUGACAGCUCCUGGACUUUGCUGAAGCUUGUGACAUAUUUUUAUAUUGCCAAAAUAGAAGCUGAUAUGUGGUUGGUGGUUUUACAGUCAUAUAUAAAAAUAAACCUUUAUGUGAGAGUUUUGAUUUGA